CAUUGACGAGCAAAGCCGACAGAUACACACCACCUCUUCAGCUGCUGUUCUUUUUAAGUUCUUCAGCUGAUAAAGCCUUUUGUUUUCCUUAUCUUUUUCCUUGGCUACCAUGGAUAGAAAAACUGAUAAACUUCACAUAUACUUUCUGCCUAUGAUGGCUCCUGGCCACAUGAUACCACUAGUAGACAUAGCUAGACAAUUUGCUAGGCAUGGGGUGAAGGUAACCGUUAUCACGACUCCUCUAAACGCAUCUAAAUUCUCCAAAACAAUCCAAAGAGACAGAGAGCUUGGCAGUGAUAUUAGCAUCCGUACAACAGAGUUCCCUUGCAAAGAAGCUGGAUUGCCAGAGGGAUGUGAAAACAUAGCUUCUACUACUAGCACACUAAUGUAUCUGAAUUUCAUCAAGGGCUUAUCACUGUUUCAAAAACCAAUUGAACAGUUCCUGGAGGAAGACCAUCCAGAUUGUCUAAUAGCAGCCCCUCAAUUUUCAUGGGCUGUUGAUGUUGCAGCCAAGCUGGGGAUUCCAAGGCUAUUUUUCAACGGCACUGGUUUUUUCCCUCUUUGUGCUUUACACAGUUUGAUGGAGCACAAACCUCAUUUGAAGGUUGAAUCUGAGACGGAAGAGUUCAUCAUCCCUGGCCUUCCUGACACAAUAAAGAUGUCAAGACAACAAAUUCCAGACCAUUUAAAGGAUGAAACAGAAAGCGUAAUAACUGAAAUGGUUAAAGAUAUUAUGGGAGCAGAAAUGACUAGUUAUGGAGCUAUUGUAAACAGCUUUUAUGAGCUGGAGCCAAAUUAUGUAAAACAAUACAGGGAAGCAGAAGGGAGAAAAGCAUGGCACGUCGGUCCAGUUUCACUCUGCGACAAAGACAAUGAAGAUAAAGCCCAAAGAGGCCGAGACACCUCCCUUUGUGAGCAACAGUGUUUGGAUUGGCUCAAUACCAAGGAACCAAAAUCAGUCAUUUAUAUAUGUUUCGGCAGUAUGGCAGUCUUUUCGUCAGCUCAAUUGCUUGAGAUAGCAAUGGCUCUUGAAGCUUCAGACCAGAAGUUUAUCUGGGCGGUGACGCAAACUACAAUCAAUGAUGAACAGAAUGAGUGGAUGCCAGAAGGAUUUGAGGAAAAGCUGAAGGGACGAGGUUUGAUGAUAAAAGGAUGGGCACCCCAGGUGUUGAUCCUUGAUCAUGAAGCCAUUGGUGGUUUUGUGACUCACUGCGGAUGGAACUCAUUGCUAGAGGGAGUAACUGCUGGAGUUCCAAUGGUUACAUGGCCACUGUCAGCGGAGCAAUUUUUUAAUGAAAAGCUCCCCGCACAGAUUCUGAAGAUUGGAGUCCCAGUAGGUGCUCAGGCCUGGUCUCACAGAACAGAUAGCACUGUCCCAAUAAAAAGGGAACAAAUCCAGAUAGCAGUGACCAAAAUGAUGGUUGGUCAGGAAGCUGAGGAGAUGAGAAGCCGUGCAGCUGCCUUAGGAAAAUUUGCUAAAAGGGCUGUGGAGAAAGGUGGAUCGUCUGACAACAGUUUGAUUUCCUUACUAGAAGAAUUGAGGAAGAGGAAAAGCAGCUCCAACUGAUGGGAAUUUGUAUAUAUGUUACUGAAAUAGAGUACUACAGCAUUAUAAAAAUGUUGUCUUAUCGCAUUUACAUCAUUCCAAUAAUAACAAGGGUUUGUUGCUUUUCAA